UCAACUGAACACUGUGCAUUAAGUUGUCAACUAGAUCAGCUGAUUUGAUUCGCUGGUAAAUGCAAAACGAAUAUGUGAAUAACCGUAUAUCAUGUAAAUUGUUGCUAAAUUUACGGGUCUAACGUGUUCUUGAAUCAAUAGGUUGUAAAAACUAGUGUUUUCUUACACAUUACAUUAACUAAUAACAAACACAAAGCAUACGGGUGAGUGGAGGGCAGGAAGAUUAAAAGUGCAACAAUGCGCUGCACACGUGUCAGAGCCGCCAGGUUAGUCCAACAACCAUCUACAAAUAUGGAUACAAGUGAAUCUCCAGGUGUAGCAGAAGGUGUGGACGCACUCACGUUGAAUAGUCCUGGUGAUGUUAAAGUAGACAAGGUACCGAACGGUGUAGAGGCCACGGAAGAUGACGCUGAUGUUGUGGAUCCGUGGAAUGUAACCUGUGCUAAUGAUGAAGGCAUAGAUUACGACAAGCUAAUAAAACGUUUUGGUUCCUCGAAAAUAGAUGAAGAGCUGAUAACACGAUUUGAAAAGAUAACUGGAAAACCAGUACAUCAUUUUAUACGUCGUGGUAUUUUCUUCUCUCAUCGUGAUUUUCAUACGAUUUUGACUCUGAAAGAACAAGGAAAACCAUUUUAUCUUUAUACUGGACGCGGACCAAGUUCGGGAUCAUUGCAUAUCGGACAUUUAAUACCAUUUUAUAUGGCCAAAUGGUUGCAAGAGACAUUCGAUGUACCGCUGGUUAUACAGUUAACUGAUGAUGAGAAAUCGCUGUGGAAGGAUCUGAAAAUUGAAGAAGCUAUUAAAUUGGCAUAUGAAAACGCAAAAGAUAUUAUAGCUAUCGGUUUUGAUGCAGAAAAAACUUUUAUCUUCAACGACUUGGACUUCAUUGGGAAAUGCCCUGCAAUGUAUCAGAACAUUAUUCGCAUUCAAAAAUGUGUCACCUUUAAUCAAGUAAAAGGUAUAUUCGGAUUUGGUGACUCUGAUAUCAUUGGAAAAAUUGGUUUUCCUGCCGUACAAGCUGCACCAGCACUCUCCAGUACGUUCCCUUUUAUUUUUACUGGUAAGAAACCAGUACACUGCCUCAUACCAUGUGCGAUCGAUCAAGAUCCGUACUUUCGUAUGACACGUGACGUAGCACCACGUUUGGGAUUCCCAAAAUGUGCGCUGCUACAUUCAAGCUUUUUCCCCGCACUUCAAGGCGCGAAAUCAAAAAUGUCAGCCAGUGAUCAGAAUUCAGCAGUAUUCCUUACCGAUACACCAAAACAAAUAAAGAAUAAAAUUAAUAAGUAUGCAUUUUCGGGUGGACGUGCCACAGUCGAGGAGCAUCGC